AUGGCCGACGAGCGCGACGUGUACCGCGCCGCCGCCGAUGAUCGAGACACUCCUCUCCGCGACGAAGACCCCGGCCGCGCGAAACCGCCCAAGUCCCCGCCGCCCCAACCCUACCACACCGCCACCGCUCUAUCGUCCCUCGAAAGCCGCCUCGAGGAAUCCGAAGCCCGUCGUAUCGACUCCGAGGCACGUGUUCAGCAAUUGGAGAAGUUGGUGGAGGGUUUAUUGAAAAGCUCACCUGAACCAGCUGCGGCGCGGGCCGGAGUCUCUGAACCAGCUGUGGCGAGGGCUGGAUUCUCUGAACCAGCCGCAGCACGGGCUGGGGAGUUUACAUUUACGCCGGUGAGAUUGGUCCCCUUGGACGUUCCCCCACACACCAUUCUGGAACGUUCAGGCAAUACCGCUGACCCCCUUGUUCGUUCCCCUGGGGGGGAAUCUCACAGCGCACGAAGGGACGGCCCUUCCUCGGCAGUAAUCAGCUCUCGUUGGAGAGGGACGUUACCUGACCGGGAAGGGCUAUGGACAGGGGAUAACCCGGAUUGGUUGGUCACUUUCACUACAUUUGGGAAGUCGUACUUGUCUCUACUUUGCGACAUUUCCACCAGCGACCUUUUUACCAGCGACCGCGUCAUCCAGCUUGUGGCGACCUUGUUCGUUCGUUCCACUUCUCCCAAGCACCGUCAGUCUCCGCACGACUGGGCCGUUGAUACUAUGACGGACGCGCUCCGGGACGAACGACCUCACUGCUGGACGACACUGAUGACAGAAGUUGGACGUCGUUGGCCGGAUCCUGGCUUUGCCGACCGAGUGUCCCACGACUUCUACGGGUGCCGACAGUCUUCGUCUCGAGCCUACGACCAUGUGGGCGAAUGGCGUGCCCGCUACCGAGCGUUUAUGCACAACGACCCCAGCUUCAGCCUCUCGUCCCUUCAACUCGCCACAACCUUUUAUCAAUCGUUGAGUGAUGUGGCUAAGCGGGAAGUGCGGGCUGGUAUGCUGCGGGAAUAUCGGGAUAACUCACUCGUGACUAUAGGGAGGUUCGGACGAACUGUCCCGUCCCUCGAGGAGGUUACCGACUGGGCCGCCAUCGCCGACGACACCGGCACGACAUCAGUUUCGACCCCGCCGAUUCGUACUGCGACUUAUGGAGCAAUUGCGAAAACGCCACGCACCGCCCCAUCCACGCCAAACGACGACGCACGUACCCAGAUCCGUCGAGCUCGAUGGAUGAACCGCGCCGGUAAAUGGCAACAGGCCCACCUGUGGAAGGAUCGGAACACGUGGUUUUCGCCAGCAUCGGGUGGGGUACCCGCCAGCAUGGCGUGUUUUAAUUGCGGUCAAGGUGGCCAUUUCUCACAGCAUUGUACAGCGGAGCGACAAUCCCCCUCGACCGUCCAAAUAUCAGCAAUUGCCUUCGCCGACAUGGACGAGGACGAAUGGUCGUCGGCCUCAGGUGACGUUGAGGACCCCCAGGUGCGAUUCCCCCUUCCCCUCGAGACUGAUUUGACUCGACCGUCGAGUUCCGCAUCCGCCUUAGUGACGCACCACUCUUGCCCUCCUGCAGACCUUGUUGGCCGAGUGAAAGACGUUGCCUCUUCUUCUUUUGAAGUUCAGACCUCAUCAAGUAGUUCGCAUCCAACCGUGCCGGCAAAUGAUGCAGAUCAACAUCGUCUCGACGAUAGCCUGGCUGACAUCGCGAUUGACGCGGUGGAAGAUGUCUUGUACUACGCUGAUGCCGCGUCGCGCUUGUGUCAUUAUCCGGGGCCGGAAGUGGUGUCGUCUCGCAAGGCGGAAAGGACUGCUUCUGUCAGGAGCACAGCCUGCACUGCCAUCAAUACUCGAAGGAAGUCUCCCAAGUUUGCGGCCGGAGUCGACAUCAGCUACCGGUUUGUUCGUUGCAAGCAUUGUCGGCGCGAUGGUGUAGUCGUGAGGGCGCGCGGGCGCGCACUCAGUGGUCGAGGGUUCGAUCCGCCCGGAGCGUGAUCUGCCUUUUGGUUUCUUUUCCUUUUUGUUAUCCGAGGCCCGGCUUCGGGGUUUUUACCGGUGCCUUGCAGGCAAUCCUUUUUACCCCUGAAGCGACCUCGUGGUGUAGUUAUUUGAUUCAGUCUUUCCUUCGCUGGGAGCACUUCCCUCCCUUUGCUUUUGCCACCCUUCCCCUAGAGCUUGGUCCACUCAUUAUCAUGACUCGUACCCUCCCUCUUUUUACCCAUUUCGCUGGCAAUUAAGUCCGUUACACUUGAUUUGCUGCGAAGCCUUCCGACCGAAUCCACUCCUCGGUUGCUCUCGGUCGACUGCCGCCGCCCAGCCGACUCGACCUUCCCAUCGGCCUGGUCAGCUAUUUCUUGGAUCGUUUGCCCUUCCUCUUUUGUCCGACCUCGUUGGCCACCAUAGUCCGGUACACUGGACUUGCUGCGAGCCUUGCAGCCGCGUAUCCUCCGCGGUUGCCUCUCGGUCGACUUCCGCCGCCCAGCCGACUCGACCUUCCCACCGGCCUGGUCAGCUAUUUCUUGGAUCGUUUGCCCUCCCUCUUCUGUCCGACCUCGUGGGCUACCAUAGUUCGGUACACUGGACUUGCUGCGAGCCUUGCAGCCGCGUAUCCUCCGCGGUUGCCUCUCGGUCGACUGCCGCCGCCUCGGUCGACACCCCUUUCGCUCCUUCGCGCUUUCGCGCGCUCUCUCGCUCUCUCCCUCGUCUCUCGCGUGUAGUCAUCGUCAUCCCCUCCGACGUUGCCUGUCAGCUUCGGUGAGCUCUUUCCAGAUUCUUGUGCCGUCGGGUGUGUCUCUCUUGGCGUCCGCUGCGCCCCUGAUCGACAUCGACGAACCCGACCGACCUGUCGAGCCCGCCAUUGUACGCGCCCGCAACGUCAUCGCUUGGACGCUACCUUCUGGAAGGGUUUUGCGAUGUUUGAUCGACUCUGGAUCAGAGGUCGACUUGGUGGAUCAGGAGGUGGUGCGAGUCGACCCGAGCUUCGCAACGGCCCGUUUGACUGCACCAUUGCACUUGCGCCUCGGCACCCAGGAUAAGUCCGACCGAUGUGCUGUGUUCGCCACCGCUCCUUUUUCGUCUGGCGCCCUAGAUCUCGGUUUGCGACCAUUCUUCGUUUGCCGUGUAACGGCGUACGACGCCAUCUUGGGGCUGCCAUUUCUUAAGGACACAGGCAUGCUCGUUGGUUGGGGCGUCUUCACCGUCGCGCGCACCGGCCCUUCGCAACCCGUCGCCCAGGAUACGCACGAAUGGGACCGAGCCGUCACCGUAGCACCUAUCUUAUCCAGUUCUGCCAUUGGCUGCAAUCACCCUGGGUUGCUUCCCGACGACGAGAUCAUCGGCCUCAAGCCACACAACCCGCUGCUCGAUGUCGUCGACGAUUUCUCUGAGUCCGAAGCACGAACACGAUUGGCUGCCUUACUCGAGAAAUUUUCUGAUGUGUUCGUAGAUUCGCUACCGAUGGACCAACUCCCACCGUACCGGCCAGUCAACCACGAGAUCCCGUUGAUCGAUCCCACCGAAAAGGUCAAACCCCGGGUAUACCCCCUUGCCGACAAAUAUCGGAGCCAGUGGGCGGAACACUCAGCUAAGUACACUCGUGGUCAAUUCUGGGUUUCGGGUCCGAUCGAUUCUGCGGCUCCGGUCUUUGCCAUUCCGAAGAAGAACUCCCAGACGGCUCGUUUCGUGAUCGACCUCCGCGCGCGCAACAGCAACACCGUCAAGCGUUUUUCGCCCAUCCCGGACAUGACCAAUGUGUGAAGAGUCCACUCUCAGCUCGACAGGGGCGCCUCGGUCGUUGCGCGCACUUGCUAGCCCGCCCCCGGCGGUGGGGACUUAGACGCGCGCGACUGCCUCAGCGCGCCAGCGCCGGCGGAUUCAUGCGCGCGCCCGCUAGCCCGCCCCCUUGCGGUGGGGACUUAGGCGCGCCGGCGAUUUCACCCGCGGCUGACUUAGGGAUGUACAUUGUCACGCGCCUGGGACUAUCCCAGCGUGGCCCCCCCCUUUCUGUUUCUUAGCUUCCUUCUCAUCACUUCUGUUCGACUCUCAACCUCUCCUGACAGUAGUGGUGAACGUCUCAUAGGUACGCUGAAAUAGAUCACUUCUGUUUGACUCUCAACCUCUCCUGACAGUAGUGGUGAACGUCUCAUAGGUUAUAAGCCCACGAGCCACCAGCUGGCAUGACCACGACACCACCCCUCGCGACGGGUGCCAACCCUCCGAUUCCCGCCGAACAGCUCGCCGCACUUACAUCGCUGCUGUCGGGUCUCACCGCUGCCGCUUCCGGCACUGCCACACCCGCCACGACGUCCGGCACCACUCGCACUGCCUUUCCAAAGCACGCACGCUUGGAUGGUGCGAAGACCUUCGCGAACUGGACACGCCAACUUCGCCUGUGCCUAGCGGACGACAUCCGCUCGUACGUCCUCGACGGUAUCGCACCCGACGACUGGACACCUUCGCAACGCUCCGCUCGCGACGCCGUCGCUCGUGAGGUCCUUGCGAAUUCGAUUGACUCGGCCGAAGUCUCGGCAGUCCUCGACAAAAUCCCUACCGCCGACCUGACAGCGCCGACAAUCUACUCGACGCUGAAAUCGCGGUACGCCCCUGACGACGCCACCCGCACGCUCGAGCUCUUCUCACGACUCUGGGGUUUCCGUCCCAUGCCCGGCACGGUUGCCGAAUUCGACGGGUGGAUCAUGGACUUCAAAGCCGUUGCGCAAGAGAUCAUCGACACAAAGACAACUAUCAAUGAUGUUCUCGCCACACUCCUCCUUGCAAUCGCCCACCCGUCCCUCGAGAGCUUCAAGGCGUCGUUCACCGAUGAACAGCGCACGCAACGAACUCUCCCCGACAUUGAUUCGCUUGCCGACCGUAUGCGAGUCCAACUUCGGUCAACGAACAUCCCCAGCACUCAAUCGGCCCUUCUUGCCUCGUCGUCGUCACGUUCUACUCGUCUCAAGUGUCUCGCCUGUCGCAGCCCUUCGCACCGAGUCGCGGAGUGCCCUACGAGGGCGCAACACCCGCCGCCAGGACCCUGUCGCUCCUGCAAGAAGAAGGAUCACUGGUCUCUCGACUGCAAGAAGGCGCUCGAGGACGGCAAAAAGCCCGACACCGCUGACUCGACCGUCGACUCGCAACACCAUGUCGGAUGUCUCGCCACCGGUCUUCUCGCUCGUCGUCGCCAGCUUCGCAACCACUCUUUUGUCGUCGACUCGGGCGCCACUUCGCACAUGGUCUCGGACAAGUCGCUGUUCACGACCUAUCGCCAUAUCGCUCCUACGAAGAUUGGUGGUAUUGCAGGGGGCAUCAACGCCAUCGGAACGGGAAACAUCGCCUUCAUUGCCGCCUCGGGUCAUCCGAUCACGCUUACCGGCGUGCUGCACACUCCGGGCCUGUUUGUCAAUCUUCUCUCGGUCUCUCGACUUUGCGACACCGACGAUGUCCGUGUCGCCUUCACAAAACACGGCAUCCACAUUGACAAGGACGGCAACGACAUCGCUGAAGGCGCACGACUCGACGAAGGGCUCUACUUGCUGGACGCUGAUCAUUCCAAAUGUCAGCACCUUGCUCUCCUUUCUCGCUCACAGUCGUCCGUGCCCCUGCUGACUCUCCAUCGCUGCCUCGGCCAUCUCGCACCUGUGAAGAGUCCACUCUCAGCUCGACAGGGGCGCCUCGGUCGUUGCGCGCACUUGCUAGCCCGCCCCCGGCGGUGGGGACUUAGACGCGCGCGACUGCCUCAGCGCGCCAGCGCCGGCGGAUUCAUGCGCGCGCCCGCUAGCCCGCCCCCUUGCGGUGGGGACUUAGGCGCGCCGGCGAUUUCACCCGCGGCUGACUUAGGGAUGUACAUUGUCACGCGCCUGGGACUAUCCCAGCGUGGCCCCCCCCUUUCUGUUUCUUAGCUUCCUUCUCAUCACUUCUGUUCGACUCUCAACCUCUCCUGACAGUAGUGGUGAACGUCUCAUAGGUACGCUGAAAUAGAUCACUUCUGUUCGACUCUCAACCUCUCCUGACAGUAGUGGUGAACGUCUCAUAGGUUAUAAGCCCACGAGCCACCAGCUGGCAUGACCACGACACCACCCCUCGCGACGGGUGCCAACCCUCCGAUUCCCGCCGAACAGCUCGCCGCACUUACAUCGCUGCUGUCGGGUCUCACCGCUGCCGCUUCCGGCACUGCCACACCCGCCACGACGUCCGGCACCACUCGCACUGCCUUUCCAAAGCACGCACGCUUGGAUGGUGCGAAGACCUUCGCGAACUGGACACGCCAACUUCGCCUGUGCCUAGCGGACGACAUCCGCUCGUACGUCCUCGACGGUAUCGCACCCGACGACUGGACACCUUCGCAACGCUCCGCUCGCGACGCCGUCGCUCGUGAGGUCCUUGCGAAUUCGAUUGACUCGGCCGAAGUCUCGGCAGUCCUCGACAAAAUCCCUACCGCCGACCUGACAGCGCCGACAAUCUACUCGACGCUGAAAUCGCGGUACGCCCCUGACGACGCCACCCGCACGCUCGAGCUCUUCUCACGACUCUGGGGUUUCCGUCCCAUGCCCGGCACGGUUGCCGAAUUCGACGGGUGGAUCAUGGACUUCAAAGCCGUUGCGCAAGAGAUCAUCGACACAAAGACAACUAUCAAUGAUGUUCUCGCCACACUCCUCCUUGCAAUCGCCCACCCGUCCCUCGAGAGCUUCAAGGCGUCGUUCACCGAUGAACAGCGCACGCAACGAACUCUCCCCGACAUUGAUUCGCUUGCCGACCGUAUGCGAGUCCAACUUCGGUCAACGAACAUCCCCAGCACUCAAUCGGCCCUUCUUGCCUCGUCGUCGUCACGUUCUACUCGUCUCAAGUGUCUCGCCUGUCGCAGCCCUUCGCACCGAGUCGCGGAGUGCCCUACGAGGGCGCAACACCCGCCGCCAGGACCCUGUCGCUCCUGCAAGAAGAAGGAUCACUGGUCUCUCGACUGCAAGAAGGCGCUCGAGGACGGCAAAAAGCCCGACACCGCUGACUCGACCGUCGACUCGCAACACCAUGUCGGAUGUCUCGCCACCGGUCUUCUCGCUCGUCGUCGCCAGCUUCGCAACCACUCUUUUGUCGUCGACUCGGGCGCCACUUCGCACAUGGUCUCGGACAAGUCGCUGUUCACGACCUAUCGCCAUAUCGCUCCUACGAAGAUUGGUGGUAUUGCAGGGGGCAUCAACGCCAUCGGAACGGGAAACAUCGCCUUCAUUGCCGCCUCGGGUCAUCCGAUCACGCUUACCGGCGUGCUGCACACUCCGGGCCUGUUUGUCAAUCUUCUCUCGGUCUCUCGACUUUGCGACACCGACGAUGUCCGUGUCGCCUUCACAAAACACGGCAUCCACAUUGACAAGGACGGCAACGACAUCGCUGAAGGCGCACGACUCGACGAAGGGCUCUACUUGCUGGACGCUGAUCAUUCCAAAUGUCAGCACCUUGCUCUCCUUUCUCGCUCACAGUCGUCCGUGCCCCUGCUGACUCUCCAUCGCUGCCUCGGCCAUCUCGCACCGUCCUCCAUACAGAAGAUGGUUGCCGCUGGUUUGCUGGAGGGUCUCAGGGCCGGAUAUAGUGACGAAGAGGUAGAGAAGUUUGUCUGCAAUGCUUGCCUCAGCGCAAAGGGCCAUCGUCUUCCCUUUCCCGAUUCGGAUUCGCACUCCUCAGAGAGACUCGGCCUUGUACACAGCGAUGUGCUUUCCUUCCCCGAGCGGUCCUUGACUGGCAAACGUUACCUGGUCACAUUCCUUGACGAUUACUCGCGCAAACUCUGGGCCUACGCAAUCGGACACAAAAGCGAAGUCUUCGGCAUAUUCAAAACUUGGCUAGCCGAGGUUGAACUCGAGACGGGUGCGACGCUGAAGGUCCUCCGAACCGACAACGGUGGCGAAUACUGUUCGAGAGCGUUCACAGAGUUCUGCAAGACACGAGGCACCCGUCGACAAUACUCUAUCCCACGCACGCCUCAACAGAACGGUCGUGCAGAGCGGGUCAAUCGUUCCAUUGUCGAAGGCGUCCUUGCCCUCCUUGUCGACGCCCACCUACCCAAGACAUUCUGGGAGGAGGCUGCAGCUUAUUUCGUUUACUGCAAGAACCUGUGUCAACACGCGGCCCUGGACAAGGCAACACCAAACUCCGUCUGGCAGGGUGACCACACCACUGCCUCGGCGCUUCACCCGUUCGGCUGUACAGCUUGGCUUACGGUCGCGCCCGAACUUCGCUCCAAACUCGACCCGAAGGCGGUUCGCGUUUUUUUCACCGGCUACGACCUGGCUUCAAAAGCCUUUCGCUUCUACGACACUACAACACAGAAGAUUAUACUUGGCAGAAAUGCCACGUUCCUCGACACUGAAUUCCCCGGAUUACAUGGCGACCCCACUGAGCAAGACGGCGACACGCACUUCGCCAGCGCUCCCACCACCGAAUCUCAAACCGUUGUCAAGACAUGGACCCCACUAGUAAGGUCGGCGCACAUGGACGUCUCAUCCCCCCUUGAUGAUUCUGCCAUGAGCGCCGUUGACGUGGCCCCAGGGUACACUGGCGGAACCUUACUUAACUUCACAGAUGCCGAAUCGUCCUCGUCACCGUCGCCUGCGUCGCCCUCAUCACCGUCGUCUGCGCCAUCGCCUGCACUUUCACCAUCGUCGGCUGCGUCAUCGUCACCCUCGGCCUUACCGACCGACUCUGAAGACUCCGCCGAUCCCCUCGACCUCCUCGGCUCACAGCCCCAGGUUCGCCUCGAUCUACAGGACGUGCACCACCCAGACUUCAGCACGUACCGCGAGCCCGCAUCGGCUGAGGAGUCGCCCGACGAACUCGACCUCAUUGGGCGCCACUCUCGCGACGAAUCUCCGGACGAAAUCGAUUUCCUCACCCGACACCACCGCGCCUUCAUCGCCAUCGACGACGACACCUCUGACACAGAGGCAAUUCAGCCAGUCAAGUCCAUCACGAGCGACCCACAGACCUGGCGCGAGGCGAUGUCUAGCGACAAGCGUGAAGUAUGGGCCAAAGCCGCCACCGACGAGUUCACCUCCAUGCGCGACGACUUCAAGGUCUUCACCAUCGAGGACCGAGCCACGGUGCCCGCGGGUGCGACUAUCGUUACAUCCAAGUUCGUCUGGAAAACGAAACGGAACGCACUCGGCGAAGUCACUGGACACAAGGCAAGGCUGGUCGCGCAAGGCAAUCGGCAACGCGACGGCAUCGACUUCAACGAAACGUUCGCACCGGUCGCACGCUUCUCCUCGAUACGCUCACUCCUCGCGCUGGCGGCCGCCAACGGCUUGCACGUGCACCAGGCGGACAUCGACAAAGCAUAUCUGCAUGGCGACCUUGACCACGACAUCUGGAUGACGGCACCGCGCGGCUUCGACCUUCCCAGCGACAAGGUGCUUCGCCUGCGACGCUCCAUCUACGGGCUCAAACAGGCUGGCCGAAUCUGGAAUCGACACAUCGACGCUUCGCUUCGGGCCCUCGGUUACACGGCGACGGGCACCGACCACUGCGUAUACUCUUGGCUCGAUGAUCGUCAAUGUCCACACUACAUCGCACUGUACGUCGACGACCUCCUGAUGAUCAGCCCGGAACUGGCCGAAAUCGAACGUGUCAUCUCAGGCCUGGACCAACGCUACGGAGUCAAGCGCCUCGGCCCGGCCGAGUAUAUCCUCGGCAUCCAGAUCAGGCGGUUCGACGACGGCUCUAUCGCCCUAUCCCAGGAACGGUACAUCAUGGACGUGCUCGCUCGGUUCCACUUCGACACCACGACUCGCGGCACUACAGUUCCGAUGACUCCCGGCCUUUCGCUCACUGCUAUCCCGGGUCAAGGCACCGAACGGAUCAGGUCAUGGUAUCUGCAGGCUAUCGGCUCGCUCCUCUACAUUUCGCUCGGUACCCGCCCUGACAUCGCCUUCGCCGUGUCCUACCUGGCCCGCUUCGCCAACAACCCCGGUCGUCGUCAUUGGAUUGCGGUCAAGCACAUCCUACGCUAUCUCCGGGCCACGUAUCGCAACGAACUCGUGUAUGCUCGCGGCCAGGCUCGCAUCACGGGUGUGGUAGGCUACUCCGACGCGAACUGGGGGGCCUGCAUCGACACAUCGGUGUCCACCAUGGGCUACGUCUUCUACAUCGCUGGCUCGGCCGUGUCCUGGUCGUCCAAACGCCAGUCUCGAGUUGCCGAUUCGACCACCGACGCUGAAUACCUCGCCCUCUCGCAUGCUGGCAAGGAAGGGAUUUACCUCAGUCAGCUGCUCGAAGAGCUCCAUGUACAACCUGUUGCACCGGCUCACAUCUUUACUGACAACGAAGCCGCUGCUGCAGUUGCUCACGAUCCUGUCCGCGUCUCUGGCACUCGGCACAUACGCUUGCGUGAGCACUUCGUUCGGGACAUGGUGAAUCGGGGCGACAUCUCUCUCUCGCAUGUGGGUACCAGCGACAUGGUGGCCGACAUCUUCACCAAGGCUCUCGGCCCAAAGGUCUUCUCAACGCACUGCUACGCCCUCGGCCUUCGCACUCGACACCCGCGGCUUGGGUCUGCCUCGCAUUCGCGUGGGGGGGGGGUGUGAAGAGUCCACUCUCAGCUCGACAGGGGCGCCUCGGUCGUUGCGCGCACUUGCUAGCCCGCCCCCGGCGGUGGGGACUUAGACGCGCGCGACUGCCUCAGCGCGCCAGCGCCGGCGGAUUCAUGCGCGCGCCCGCUAGCCCGCCCCCUUGCGGUGGGGACUUAGGCGCGCCGGCGAUUUCACCCGCGGCUGACUUAGGGAUGUACAUUGUCACGCGCCUGGGACUAUCCCAGCGUGGCCCCCCCCUUUCUGUUUCUUAGCUUCCUUCUCAUCACUUCUGUUCGACUCUCAACCUCUCCUGACAGUAGUGGUGAACGUCUCAUAGGUACGCUGAAAUAGAUCACUUCUGUUCGACUCUCAACCUCUCCUGACAGUAGUGGUGAACGUCUCAUAGCACCGUCCUCCAUACAGAAGAUGGUUGCCGCUGGUUUGCUGGAGGGUCUCAGGGCCGGAUAUAGUGACGAAGAGGUAGAGAAGUUUGUCUGCAAUGCUUGCCUCAGCGCAAAGGGCCAUCGUCUUCCCUUUCCCGAUUCGGAUUCGCACUCCUCAGAGAGACUCGGCCUUGUACACAGCGAUGUGCUUUCCUUCCCCGAGCGGUCCUUGACUGGCAAACGUUACCUGGUCACAUUCCUUGACGAUUACUCGCGCAAACUCUGGGCCUACGCAAUCGGACACAAAAGCGAAGUCUUCGGCAUAUUCAAAACUUGGCUAGCCGAGGUUGAACUCGAGACGGGUGCGACGCUGAAGGUCCUCCGAACCGACAACGGUGGCGAAUACUGUUCGAGAGCGUUCACAGAGUUCUGCAAGACACGAGGCACCCGUCGACAAUACUCUAUCCCACGCACGCCUCAACAGAACGGUCGUGCAGAGCGGGUCAAUCGUUCCAUUGUCGAAGGCGUCCUUGCCCUCCUUGUCGACGCCCACCUACCCAAGACAUUCUGGGAGGAGGCUGCAGCUUAUUUCGUUUACUGCAAGAACCUGUGUCAACACGCGGCCCUGGACAAGGCAACACCAAACUCCGUCUGGCAGGGUGACCACACCACUGCCUCGGCGCUUCACCCGUUCGGCUGUACAGCUUGGCUUACGGUCGCGCCCGAACUUCGCUCCAAACUCGACCCGAAGGCGGUUCGCGUUUUUUUCACCGGCUACGACCUGGCUUCAAAAGCCUUUCGCUUCUACGACACUACAACACAGAAGAUUAUACUUGGCAGAAAUGCCACGUUCCUCGACACUGAAUUCCCCGGAUUACAUGGCGACCCCACUGAGCAAGACGGCGACACGCACUUCGCCAGCGCUCCCACCACCGAAUCUCAAACCGUUGUCAAGACAUGGACCCCACUAGUAAGGUCGGCGCACAUGGACGUCUCAUCCCCCCUUGAUGAUUCUGCCAUGAGCGCCGUUGACGUGGCCCCAGGGUACACUGGCGGAACCUUACUUAACUUCACAGAUGCCGAAUCGUCCUCGUCACCGUCGCCUGCGUCGCCCUCAUCACCGUCGUCUGCGCCAUCGCCUGCACUUUCACCAUCGUCGGCUGCGUCAUCGUCACCCUCGGCCUUACCGACCGACUCUGAAGACUCCGCCGAUCCCCUCGACCUCCUCGGCUCACAGCCCCAGGUUCGCCUCGAUCUACAGGACGUGCACCACCCAGACUUCAGCACGUACCGCGAGCCCGCAUCGGCUGAGGAGUCGCCCGACGAACUCGACCUCAUUGGGCGCCACUCUCGCGACGAAUCUCCGGACGAAAUCGAUUUCCUCACCCGACACCACCGCGCCUUCAUCGCCAUCGACGACGACACCUCUGACACAGAGGCAAUUCAGCCAGUCAAGUCCAUCACGAGCGACCCACAGACCUGGCGCGAGGCGAUGUCUAGCGACAAGCGUGAAGUAUGGGCCAAAGCCGCCACCGACGAGUUCACCUCCAUGCGCGACGACUUCAAGGUCUUCACCAUCGAGGACCGAGCCACGGUGCCCGCGGGUGCGACUAUCGUUACAUCCAAGUUCGUCUGGAAAACGAAACGGAACGCACUCGGCGAAGUCACUGGACACAAGGCAAGGCUGGUCGCGCAAGGCAAUCGGCAACGCGACGGCAUCGACUUCAACGAAACGUUCGCACCGGUCGCACGCUUCUCCUCGAUACGCUCACUCCUCGCGCUGGCGGCCGCCAACGGCUUGCACGUGCACCAGGCGGACAUCGACAAAGCAUAUCUGCAUGGCGACCUUGACCACGACAUCUGGAUGACGGCACCGCGCGGCUUCGACCUUCCCAGCGACAAGGUGCUUCGCCUGCGACGCUCCAUCUACGGGCUCAAACAGGCUGGCCGAAUCUGGAAUCGACACAUCGACGCUUCGCUUCGGGCCCUCGGUUACACGGCGACGGGCACCGACCACUGCGUAUACUCUUGGCUCGAUGAUCGUCAAUGUCCACACUACAUCGCACUGUACGUCGACGACCUCCUGAUGAUCAGCCCGGAACUGGCCGAAAUCGAACGUGUCAUCUCAGGCCUGGACCAACGCUACGGAGUCAAGCGCCUCGGCCCGGCCGAGUAUAUCCUCGGCAUCCAGAUCAGGCGGUUCGACGACGGCUCUAUCGCCCUAUCCCAGGAACGGUACAUCAUGGACGUGCUCGCUCGGUUCCACUUCGACACCACGACUCGCGGCACUACAGUUCCGAUGACUCCCGGCCUUUCGCUCACUGCUAUCCCGGGUCAAGGCACCGAACGGAUCAGGUCAUGGUAUCUGCAGGCUAUCGGCUCGCUCCUCUACAUUUCGCUCGGUACCCGCCCUGACAUCGCCUUCGCCGUGUCCUACCUGGCCCGCUUCGCCAACAACCCCGGUCGUCGUCAUUGGAUUGCGGUCAAGCACAUCCUACGCUAUCUCCGGGCCACGUAUCGCAACGAACUCGUGUAUGCUCGCGGCCAGGCUCGCAUCACGGGUGUGGUAGGCUACUCCGACGCGAACUGGGGGGCCUGCAUCGACACAUCGGUGUCCACCAUGGGCUACGUCUUCUACAUCGCUGGCUCGGCCGUGUCCUGGUCGUCCAAACGCCAGUCUCGAGUUGCCGAUUCGUGUGAGGAAUCCACUCUCCGCUCGGCUCAGGACUUAGGCGCGCGGAGCGAACCGGGCGCGGACUUAGGCGCGCGGAGUGAGCCGGGCGCCCCGGCCCAGGACUUAGGCGCGCGAAGCGAGCCUGGGACUUAG